GACAACUGCACAUUAUUAUAUCUAAAAUGUUAUAGUUAUGUUUACAGUGAUAUAUUGAAGGUGACAGCUCUCUGUUUACACCAGGACAAGGUGUCAGGAUUUUGCCUCUGUAAUUUCAUCCUAUGGAUCUAACUGUUUCUUUAAAUUGUCCUUUGGUUAAAAUUGAUCAUUUAUUUAGGAAAGAGCGGCCCAAGGCAUUGCUAGCCUUGGCUUUAUGAGUAGAGGGUGACGGCAGUCGACCUGCUAAGUUGCCAGCCUAUCAAAACCACCAUUAACAAGGCACCAAAGAUAUUGAGAUAUUUUCUUAGGCGGUUAGUGUUUAUGUGGAAGAAAAAUGCCAUAUAUUGCAAACAAUAAAAAUAAAAGCAAGAACAGACAUGCCUUUGACUAGCACAAAACAAAAAAUCUUUCAAUACAUUAACGUCCAAUAACACACUGCCACACACUUAAUUCCUGUCAACGGAUCACUUCCACACUAGUACUUUUAAACGUAGCUAUAUGUGACUGCUCUUAGCGAAGUUUAAGAACUUUUCUUACCGUUUCUUAGUGACAUUCUUGCCCAUAACAAAAGAUAAAGCAUGGAACACCGUGUAUCCUUUAUCAAGACCUUACUCCGGCUACUUCCACGUGUUUGCUAAUUUGCGUUGGAUUUUAGUUUUCUCUCUUUGCAAAAGGCCUGUUUGCAAUUAGGUCAUAAAGACACGUUACCCGUUUCAGAUCUUUAAAAAAAAAAAAGAUAUUUACAAAUAUUACUCGCUUUCGAGCAGUUUGUCUUCAGCAUGCACGACACAGAUAUAUAUUUGUUUUGUUUUUAAAAAUGGUCAGAAAAUGUUAAAGGAUUCACGUCGUUGGAACUGGGAUUCAGAAGGAAUUCUGCACGUCCCGUCUGACGAACAGACGCAGAAGAGCGCGCGGUUGCGCGCACGGGAUUGAGCAGGCGCGACGUAGUGCAGGCCCACGGCUCGCUCGCGCAACUCGCCGAAUGAAAUUUUGUUUGUUUUUUUCCAAAAAACCCGUUCGAAUCAAAAUAGAAGAAAAUAUACAGCGAGCGCCUCGUCUGCAAGGCGACGGGAUGAAGUUUCCCGUGGACACGCUGGAGUCUGUGCAUCACGGGCAGCUGGAGCUCUCCGGACAAGUCUAUAUGGAUGAGCUGCUCCAUGGCAACCCAGACCAUGCCCACUACUUCCUACUGCCCAGUGGCAGGAAGGUUCAGAUCAGUUUGUCUAGCGUUGGGUUUGUCCCUCUGUACGGAGCCAAUCUCGAGCACAAGAUCCUGGCUCUCUUUGCUCCAGAAGAUCCGCUAACCGCUGUAGCGCUGUUACUGUCUGACCAGUGGUAUGCUGUGGAGAACAUCCUCAGAACGGCCAACCCCACACGAGAAGGCCUCUUCCAGGUGAGGUCCGUGGUGGACAGGGUCAUACUGUACGUGCUCAACCGCAUCGUUUACCGCACGAGCGAGAUGGCCGCCGGCGACGUGCCCUUCCUGUGCCACGACAAAAACGACUACGCCAAAAUCCUCUGGCACGGUGGCGAGGCUGUGGGCUUCUACUCCAUCAAAACCAAAGGCAGCUGGAGCCAAUUCUGUCUCCCUGUCAUGAACUCCAUAUUCGUGAGGAAGGGUCACCGUGGCAAUGGCCAUGGUCUGCGAAUGCUGGAGGACUUUGUGGACAGUUUUAAAGAGGAUGAGCUCGGCCUGAAGUACCCUCUGUCCCCAGCCAUGUCCCAGGUGUGCCAGCGUUACCUGGCCAGGUACCCGGCGGACGUGGAGCUAUUGUGGGAGGUGGAAGGGUUGGGUCGCUCCUACCAGAAGACCCUGCUGGCCAACCGCCUCAGCGCGCUGGCCCUCGCAGGUGGAGGCUGCCAGGACGAGCAGGAAAACGGAGCGACGGCCGAGGUGGACGUGAUGGACGGGAGCAUUCGUGAGCUCACCGAGAAAGCUAAUGCUGUCAACAAGCACCUCACCUUUGCUGAAGAGGGGGAUGACAGGCCGAUCUCCACCCGCACUCGGAGCAGCGAGCACAGGUGGAGAAAGCGAGGCAGGGAGGAGCUGGCAGAGGGUGUGGCCGAGCCCCAGCCCAAGAAGAUGAACAGGGGGGAGGAGCUGUGGCCAGAGACUAUGGAGCCCCCUACAGCUGUGAUCUCAGCAGCGGAACAUGAGGGUGUGGAGGACGCGGAGAAGUCGCCCCCUGCUGGUGGGAUGGGAGAGGCAUCGGUGACCUGUGAGGCAAUGGACCAGGAGGCCAAGGAUUUGGUCAUGGAGGUGAAUGGGUCAGGGUCCGAGGAGGAGGAGGAGUCGAUGGCAGAAAAAGCUGAAGAGGAUGCGGCGCCUUCGCUCCAGAAUGGCAUGGUCAGAGAGGAAGAGGAGGAGAUGGAGGAGGAAUGCAUUGAGGAUCCGGCUGCCGUAAAUUCUGUGGACAAACUAAAGGAAGCUGCUAGGGAAAAACAGGAAGAGGAAGACAAACGUGGAAAGGGAAAAGAUUCAGCACCUGAGGACAAACAGGAAGAUGAAACACCUGCUGCAGUUGAGGGGGAACAGAGACAGGAAGUCACUUCUGCCAGCGAAGACGUAGACUUUGUUGAGGACACGGAAGAAGAUGAAGGACUUUGGGCCUCUCUGGAGGAAGAGGAGGAAGAAGAACCUUCUGUAUCUGAUGAGAAACAGGAAGGAGGUCAUGGGGCUGAGGAGAUCAAGCCUGGUCAAUCUGAGGCACCUCCUUCUUCUCCUGAGGGAGAAAUCACUGAAACUUCCAGUUUGGAGGAGGCAACUGGCACUCCUCUUAAAGGAGAACCAGGACCGAAGGCCCCUGAAAAUGAGGAGCACUCCUCUGUCGGGCCGGGAGGAGUGAUGGACACCUCGGACCACCCUUCCGAGGACGAGGAGCAGAAAGCCGACGAGCAAGACGAGGUGUCGAAGGAGAAGAGGGUGGAGCAAAAGGAGGAGCGAAGAGAAGCUACGGAGAAGACCGACGGCAUGGCAGAGGACGAGGCAGGCGGAGAGGCGGACGGGAACGCCGGCGCUCGUGACGUCUGGGUUCAUAGAGGGGGGCGGAGCAAAGCGGCCCACCCGGGGCCCAAGCACGCCUCGAGGAAGCUGGGCAAGGCAACGGCUCAGGCAGUGGAGGAGCUGGACGAGGUGGUGGCAGAGGAUGAAGAGGGAGGGGUGAGCACAGAGGAAGAGGCGGAGCACAGCUUGGAGGAGGAGGGGCAAAGGGAAGUGAUUGACAUGAGGGUGUUGAGGGGGAAGACUAAAGUUGUCCAGGCCACACCACAACACAGAGCCAAGAGACGCAGCAAGAUGUGAAAAUGCGCUCACUCGUACAAUGUACACACACACACACACAUGCCCACUUCUCUCUCUCCCUCUCUCUAACACACACACACACACACACAUG